AUGAUUGAAUUCCGCACGAGGCUAUUCCUAUUUUUCUCUAUUUUAUUACAAUUUGCAAGUGGCACCGGAGAUAUACGCGUUAAACAUUACGCGAAGCGCUUUAUAAUCUUGCUCAUCGUAUUUACAUCAACUCACUUUUGUACUAGUCUAUGUAAGUCGCUCCACAUCAAAAUGACUCACAACCACGUAAUAGUUUCACUCAUUUUGCUCCUCCCUUUGUUAGUACAAAUCUCUUACUCUCAACCUACCACAAAUCUUUGCCAUCCCCACGACAAAAAUGUCCUCCUCCGCAUCAAAAACCACUUCGGCAACCCGUCCUCGCUUUCGUCAUGGGAUACCAAUACAGAUUGUGCAUUAUGGAAGGGAAUUCGAUGCAACGAUCAAGGCCAUGUCACCGUAAUCAUAAUCAACACUGUCGAAGAUAUCCACGGCCCAAUACCGCCUUUCUUAGACCAACUUCCAUCCCUCACUGAGCUAUACUUUUUUGAACUUCCUAAUCUUUCAGGUCCAAUACCAUCGUACAUUGGUAAGCUCACUAAACUCACUCACCUUACUAUCACUACAACCAAUGUGUCCGGCCUAAUCCCUGAAUUUUUGGGUCAGCUCACGAAUUUAGACCAACUAUUUCUCGCAUCCAAUAAGUUAACUGGUCCGGUCCCUGAUUUUCUAGGCCAAUUCAAGAAAUUGAUUUAUCUUGACCUAUCUUCCAAUUUACUCACUGGCACAAUUCCUGUAGCGUUAGGCAAAUUAACCAAUCUCGAAAUCCUUAUGCUUAGCUCAAACAAGUUGUCUGGGAAAAUACCCGAUUUUAUAGGCAAACAACUUAAUAAUCUACUUAUACUAGCGCUCGAUUUCAACUCUUUGUCGGGCGCAAUCCCAGCAUCUUUGAGCUUGUUGCUUAAACUCCAAAAUCUCGCGCUCGCUGGAAACCAAUUAACUGGUCCGGUCCCAAAGUGGUUGGGUCGCGGUAAUUUAAGUUUUCUUUAUCUUAGUCACAAUAAACUAACGGGGGAUGCCUCGUUUUUGUUUGAAAAGACCAACACCAACAUCCUCAAUUUGAGAGUUGAGUACAAUCUUUUGAAAUUUGACUUUACAAAUGUGGAUUUGGCCCCAAGUUUAUUAGGCAUGAAUAUAAGCCAUAACAUGAUAUAUGGGUCUCUUCCUAAGCGAUUCGGAGUAUUACAGCCAGAUGAAGUUGAUGUAAUUCGUUAUAAUCAACUUUGUGGUCCAAUUCCUAAUGGUAGACGUUUCAAACGGGUUAACCCGAAUAUAUUUGCUCAUAAUAAGUGUCUUUGUGGUGGUCCAUUUCCUGGUUGCAAGUAACCAUGAAUGCUUGUUAGAUGAUUUCUUCUUUAAUCGAUCUUUUUAUGUUUUAGAGUUUGUAGUUGUGACAUGUAAGUUUUAUUGUUAUAAUUGUGCAAGUUCAGUAUUGAUGACAGUAACCAGCAAUUAAUUGGACUAAAUUGUUGGAAUAUUGCUUCAAAUUAGUGGUAAUUGGUUAGUUGAUAUUAUUUAGGAUCAUGUGUUAGUUACUUAAGAUUCUUGUUUUAGUGUACUUAGUAGUUGUUUGGUAUUCCCGAGAAGCUUCAUUUUUACGAAAAAGAUUCCCUUUUUAUUUUGA